CUGAGUCCCGUUGUAGCUAUAGGUGAAGCAGCCUCGCGCGCUGCCAUACUGAAGCAGGUGUCCAACAUGGCGAACACUGGCAGCGGCUCUCUCGCGACUAUUCUCUUUUUAUUCAUGCUCCAAGCGGCUCUUCAUAAAGGAGCUGCACAAGAACCAGUGGUGAGUCAGAACCUGGUGACGGACAAUGUGUCGGUGGUGGAGGGCGAGAUGGCGAUUAUCAGCUGUCGGGUGAAGGACAACGACGACUCGGUCAUCCAGCUGCUCAACCCCAACAGACAGACCAUUUACUUCAGAGACAUGAGACCACUGAAAGACGCUCGCUUUCAGCUGGUGAACUUCUCAGACAACGAGCUGCGGGUGUCGCUGUCUAAUGUCUCGCUGUCAGACGAGGGUCGAUAUGUUUGCCAGCUCUACACAGACCCCCCGCAGGAAGCCUACGCUGACAUCACCGUGCUAAUUCCUCCAGGUAACCCCAUCAUCGAGCCGGCGCGGGAUGAGGUCCUGAGCGAGGGCAACGAGACAGAGAUGACCUGCACCGCCAUGAGCAGCAAGCCCGCCGCUACCAUCAGAUGGAUGAAGGGAGAUAAAGAGCUUCCAGGCAAGCCCAAAGUUGAGCUGACCUACGACAAGAUGUACACAGUAACCAGCCGGCUGACGUUCACCGUCAGUCGGGAGGAUGACGGAGUGCCUGUGGUUUGCAUCGUAGACCACCCUGCAGUCAAGGACUUCCAAGCACAGAAAUACCUGGAGGUGCAGUACAAACCAGAAGUGAAGAUCGUUGUAGAGUUUCCUCAGGGUCUGACCAGGGAAGGAGAGAACCUGGAGCUGACGUGUCAGGCCAAAGGCAAACCCCAGCCACAGCAGGUAAACUGGGUCAAGGUGGACGACGACGUGCCCUCCCAUGCUGUCAUCACCGGCGGCGAUCUGUACAUUGAAAAUCUAAACAAAUCCUACAACGGGACCUACCGCUGUGUGGCCUCCAACUCAGUGGGGGAGUCUUUCGACGACUACAUCCUCUACGUCUAUGAUGCUCCCACCACUACCCCUAUACCCACCACAGCCACCACCACCUCCACCACCAUCACCACCACCAUGUCCUACCUUGAAGGCAACCCAGACACUGCGCCCAGCACUGAACCUGCAGCUCAUGAUUCUCGAGCUGGAGAAGGAGCGCCCAGAACGGUGGACCAUGCAGUCAUCGGAGGAGUGGUGGCCGUGGUCGUCUUUGCCAUGCUGUGUUUACUCAUCGUCUUGGGGCGCUACUUUGCGAGACACAAAGGUACCUACUUCACACAUGAAGCCAAAGGAGCGGAUGACGCAGCGGACGCAGACACAGCCAUCAUCAACGCAGAGGGAGGCCACACCAACUCGGACGAAAAGAAGGAGUACUACAUCUAAUCAAAACAGGACCCUCCCCCCCCCUCCGCCCCUCACUAUGGUGUCCUCUUUGGGACGCCGAGCUGUUUUUGGGGCUGGGGCAUGGGGGGGGAAAAGGUUGGGGGGGGAGGGGGGGGGCUGUGAUGGAGGGAUACGAGUUGGAUCAGGAUCACCUUUAGCGCGAGUAGAGGGGUUUGGAAGAGAGAGACGGGGUUUUAAAGAAAGGCCUGGUUUUAAGCCGUUGUUUAGUCUAGUCUGCAGAUGUAGAUGGAAUGUUUUGUGUGUAAAAAAAAUAAAAAAUUUAAAAAAGGACAAAAAUUACGGGCGGGCGGGGGGGGUGGGGUUUACGGUAAAUUAAGAAGGGGGUUUUUGUGGGUGGGACGAUGUGCCAGACGUCGCCAGAAAUCACUGUAGAGAGCUUCACCAUUCAACACCUCCCUAACUGCUGGUACGAAUUUGAUUUAGUUCAACCAUUUGCAGAAAAUUCUGUGCCUUGUUCUAUCCAUACUUUGGAUUUGUGUUGAUCCUCAUUUGCAUAACCUUGUUGCUUCUCCCUUCCCCCCCCCGCCCCCCCCGUUCCAUCUUUCCCCCCACUCGUAAUUAUCGAUGUGCUGUUGGCUUUUGUAUGAGGGUAAAAAUUACACAGCCACUUUAUUCAUUUCCCUAGAUGUGUCUGCUACACACGCGUCCUCUCCUGCAUAACAAAAACUCUCUUUCCAGUAUACUGUGAUUUGUCUCAAGCCAUUACUUCCCCUCUCUCUCUUAUUUUCCCCUCAAGUUUUUGACAGCUCCAAAAAAUGCAUGGAAUGCUUUACAUAUCAUUGUACAAAGGACAUAAAUGAGAAACAGGUUUUGAUGUGUACUGUACAUGCCCUCCCUGCCCCCUCCUGAACACACAAAAAAAAACAUAAUCAAAAACAAAGGCAGCAAAAUGAUAAUUUCAAACAAUUUUAUUGGGAAAAUACAUCCAAUUCACAUUUUGUUACCUCAAUUUGUUCUUCAGAGCAGAUCUCCUACUGCCUCUUAAACAAUUACCUGUCUUAGUAAAGAGAAGUAAUACAUUAUUUUCCUCUCCGCGCUGCCAUUUCAUUAUUUGUUCCUCGGUUUCGGGUGCUGUUUUUCUUCUAUUAUGUUGAAUGGAAGCGUUGUUUUUCUUCCAGCUUUUAUUGAGUUGUAGUGAUGAGAUUCAAAUGAUUUCCAUCUGCUCUCACUCCAGAAUAUUUUGUCUUACAAAUGGGAGAGUAGGAAAAUGUAAAUUGGUUUAAAAAUGCUUUUUGGCAGACUCUCAGUCAAGAUGCCUCAGUAAUAAAAGGCUGUUUGGGGGGGGGGGAAACAUUUGGGAUUAAUGUUGGGCCACCAGCAGCUAAAAGACGCUGGUUUACUGUACAUAACUCUACGAGAAGAAAAAGAGACACCCUUUACCAAACCCCAAUAUGAAAACAGUCCAGUUUAUAUUAGGAACUCAUCUGCUGCACAAACAUAAAAAAAAAACAACAGGUCAUUGAAGUCCAGGUUUUCCCCAUCAGAAGGUUCAUGUUAUCUCAUUCAAAACACAGUCCAAUGUAAAUCAAGCCAAUGGAAUCACUGCUGUAUUGUACACUAAUCCUUACUAAGAAAUAUUUUUUACAACUUACUAGAAUUACAAUGGAGUACCUUUGUGGAUUUUAUCGUAUCACGCUCAUUGUGAGUUUUUGUCAAAAUGUAAAACAAGCAAAUGUUGGAGAAAGUAAACGUUCUGAAACUGAAAUGCUGAGAGACAGGCCAGGCUUUCCCACUUCCCAUCACACCUUCUGAAUUUUUUAUUUUUUUUGCUUUGAUGCAGCAGCUUGAGUGCUGAAACGUUCAAUCAUUUUUUUUUUUUUUUGCAUGUGUGUAUACGUGCUCAAACCCAUUCCCUCUGCUUCUCUUGUCUCGCUUUAUGUAUCACCUGCCAAAACCGAAUGGGGAUCUGUUUUGCCGUGCCAGCUGGGGGAGCACUGAGGAAUGCCAAAAGUAAUUAAUUGUUUGUAACUGAAGUUAAUACACAUGUUGUGCUCCGUGGUGGGUUGCAUUAACGCCCUGGCUUCUUAACAUGGCAAUGAGGGUUCUGUUCAUGGCAUUGUUUGUCAUUAUUAUGUGUUCACACAGCAAGCAGCUCGCUUAAUGAGCCUCCAUGUGACAGAUGUGGGUGGAUUAAGGUGGAGGUCUGGGGUUGCAGUUUAAACCUUUUGACAUUUUGGAGUUUAGAUGUUUGAAAAGCUUAAAUGAAUCAGACAGACAUGGACACGCUUUGCCCAGUUAAAGCAGAAAAGGUCUAAUCUCACAUUUAUUAUUUCAGUUUAAACCAAAAGGUUAUAUUGUUUGCAUAUUUUUAACUAAAUACAUCAUGAUAUAAAACUAUAAUUUUUUAUAGAGCAUUUAAAAAAAUAUAUUUUAUAUCAAUAAUAGUUGAGUGUUUUAAAAAUGAAACAUUCCCUAUUUAGAGCAGAUUAAUGACGUUUAACAUACUCUUUUUCAUACAUUUUAUUUAUAGGAUUAGACCAUGUUUUAGCUAAGUCAUAAAGAUUACUGUUUAGUAAUGAUACCUUUUUUAAAUAGUUACUUUGGUGUUAAGUUCAUUGGAUACGGCUUCUUUAAGAAAAUGCUUAUGACAACAAAAAUGUCACUAUUCUUGUAGUGAUGGUUAUUUUGAUUGCUGGCAGUAAUUCUGGAUCCAGCAUUUUUAUUUUGUCUAUGCCCUGUGAGGUCAAAUAAGUAAAUGUUGGUAAAGAACAUAGACUGUAUUAAACAUGGACGCUCAGUGAAGUCAGUCAUUAAAGUGGAAGUUCUGAAGCCCAACGAAUGUGGUCACUAUAUUGGAAAUGCUGUCCGAGAAUAAGUAUAGAUAUGCAUAUCCCUUAGCCUCCAUAUAAUCAAAACAGAAAGUAAUAAAAAAGCAAUUCAGAUUCCAACCAUUUUUUGUACCACGCUGUAAAAAUGUUGAUUCGGCUGUUGAAAUCUGGAUUUUUAAAUGGGUGUUUAUGUGACUCCUGGGGCUUUUGCAGUCAGCCUCAAGUGGACACUUAAGGAACUGCAGUUUGUUGCACUUCUGCAUUGGCUUCAUUAAACAUCGGAGUUUGCCCCUUGGUAAAAAUACUUUUCUGUUACACUUAAACUGACGAUUCAAACAUACGUAUAUCAAUACCACAUAUUAAACAGGAUUACCAAUCAUACAGUGAUAAAAAAGUUCAAUCAAAUCUUCCAUUGAUGUUAACCCUUUUAUGCGACUCACUUAGUACCACUUUCACGCUGAACCAUCUGGGAGAUGAUUGGAUUCUUUGGGGCUUAGCGGAGUUACUUGCUGUGUGGACAUUCAUGUACAAGAUUAAAUACUUUGAAUUGCCAUGUUAAUGCAUUUUAUUGGAAUUUGUCAAUGUGCACCUCAGAUUGCAACACAUAAUCAAUAUGAUAGCUUUAAUAUAUCAUAGUCAUGCAUGAAGACAGCAUUCAGUCUGUCCAUAUUGAGACUUUCCGGAACAUAACACAUCUGUCGCUAAAUAUCUUUUUCUGCAGCUUUUGAAAACAGCAGAUGGGCUGGGUGGAGGCUGUGGACAUAUGCUUUAGCUUUUCCAUUGGAUGUGGGAGUAGGGGGAUACAGGAGUGAUUUUGCAGACAAAGAUCAGAGAGACUGUGUCCAACUGUCUCCAACAGUUUAUUCUUCUGUGGAAAAACUUGAUUUUAAUUUAAAAAGCUCUGUACUCACAAAGAAAUUACCACUAGGUUAACACUGUAUGCUGAUGACACUGUUUUGUCUUUGUUACAUGGACGGGUGGGGGAGGGGGGGUUGGGGGAAGGGGUCUGAUUAGGUUAGAUGUUUUUCGGUCUGGUGUCUGAUGAAACUAUUAACUGACUUGUUAUCGUUGCUUUAUGAAAUCACAGAGCAGAUGUCACUUCAUCUGUAAGACUGAGAUUGUGUGAUUUGUAUUUUACAGUGAGCACUAUUUCGCUUCAGUGACGUGGCAGCUUCCAUUUAAACCAGACUUCAAAAUAUGUACUUGCAAUAAAGUAACAGAACUGAAUAUUGUCUUCUCCCUUAAGGCUGAUGCAUUCAUAUUUUACUUGUGAAUAUUAAACCUUUUUUGGGGUUGGAACUGCCGGUGUGUUUCUCCAAAUGUUUUUGCUCUCCAAAAGCUCGGAUAUAAAAAAGGAACACUAAUAACACAAAGUGAAGGUAUCAUUUCUACAGGAUUAAUUAUUGAGAAAUGGUGGGGGCUCAAUCUGAAGUAAGCAUAAGUAAGAUAUUUUAGGUUAUGUAUGAUUUUUUUUUUUUCAAUAAAUGCCCACUAAAGUGAAAAAAUUGAUUUUUGUCUCACAGUGUAUCUGAUGUAGUUUUCUCCACAUUAAAUUCUUUUGAUAAUGUCGUGUCUCUGGUUCAUGCGUUGCUGACCGAUGUGACUGCACCUCAGGUAGAAAGCAAAGUUUAGGCCCCACCUUUUAAUGACACACUAGCAAGUACAAUGCAUCCUCAUCCAAUCGAGUGCAACACAUUAUUUUAGAUCCAAGAGGCAAAAUUGGUGAUAUUUUGCAUAUAUGUUGUACAUGUUUUAUGUAUUUUUCUUAAUAUUUGGUGCACUGUAAACGAUGUGUUGAGUAUUGCUUUGUGUUGACAUAGGUCAUAAAAAAAGUACACUGUUUAUUGGAAUGAAGCCGGAUCAAGAAAACUUGUUGUGGCUGUACUGCUGUCACCGUUCAACACACCACCGCCUUUUUGGAAGCUUGUUUGAUUCCCUGAAAAGUUUUGAUUGUUUCACCAGUCGUUUGUUUUUAGAUUGAUUCUUUUGUCUCUCUGCUGUUCUUGGGAAAUGUUAAUGUGUAUCAAUGGAGAAAAAGGAGUUCCACAUUCCCAUACACAUUUUGUAUUGGUUCAUAAAUAGACAUUUUUACAAAACAAUGAAGAGUUCUUGUCUUAAUAAAAAAGAAAAGAUAUUAAUGUCCAAAAUAA